AUGCCGUUUGAAAAUGAUAUAAAAAAAAGGGGAAGGAAAAAGAAAAGGAAAAAAACAUCCGUCAGGGGGGAGGAAAUCGACGAAGACCUCAUUGGAAUUGCCAAUCUGUUCCAGGAACAAGGGGACGACGACGACGUCAGCCAUGGCAGCGAUGGAAGAGAUAGGACCAAUUUCGACGACGAGGAGGAAGAGGAUGACGAUGAAGACGAUGAAGAGGAUGAUGAUGAAGAGGAUGAUGAUGAAGAGGAUGAUGAUGAAGAGGAUGACGAUGAUGACGACGACGAUGAUGAUGACGAGGAGGAGGAAGACAAUGACUCCUCCAGCGAAGUCAACAAUGUGCCAGUCAAACAGCACAGGCGUAUGCCAAUCACGGGAGGAUACAGCUCGCUGGCGGAGAACAACGAGCCGGAAGUCGCCCCGACAAAGAAAAAGAAGAAUGAAGGGCAAAGUGGAGAGAAAAGCGGUCGAUAUAAUGAUGGGAAAAUUGUACCAAAUGAAAAAGCAAGUGAAGGGCUAACUGAAGGGCGAAGCAAAAAAGAGACAAAGAGAAGUGCCCCACAAGAUGGCAGCGAGUACUUCAUCAGCAAAGACUUCAUUAAAAAGGUGGGACAGCUGAACAACAUUAUUAACCGUCAAAUCAUAGUCGAAAGUGACUCCAGCUUUCUCCAAAUAUCAAACAUAAUUGAAUUGCGUGUAAGACAGAUAAUUGAAGAAGCCAACAAAUUUUACCAAAAGAGAAAAAGGUACUGUAUCAACAGAUUUUUAAAUCUCAACGAUUUCACCAACUCUUGUCAUUACCUGAAUGUAAGAGUUCCAUACAGAUAUCAGGUUAGCUUGCAUGAAGACUUGUACCCGCAUCAUGAGGGCAUGAAAAAUUGGAGAGUCAGGUGCAGGUUGGUAUCUAAGAGAGGCUUUAAGAAUGUGAAAAAUAGAAUGAAAAAAAAGAAAAGAAAAAAAGGAUACCUCCAGAAAGGCAGGAAAAGGAAGAGGCGGAAUAAUUUCAACCUCAGUGCGGCCAAAAUAUUCAAGGAGUUUCAAACUCAGCAAAAUAGGAGAACCAACUGUUAUAGGGAAAUCGCCGAGGGGGAAAAAGGGAAGGAGAAAAGGAGCCGUAGCGAGGGGCCAAGCGGAUGGAAAGGGGGGGACUCCUACGAGGUCGAGCAGGGGCCAAGGGGCGAAACUGGUGGAGAGGACAGCGGCGAGAUUGGCAUCCAGGGUGUUAGCCACGGAAGUGGCCAUAAGGCGAAAGCACCAUGUUCCAGUAGGGACAUAGAUGAAAUGUUUCCCAUCGGGGUAAACGACUUGUUCGGUGCCCAAAGGGAAAAUGAGAAGGAGGAGAAGGAGCGGGGAGACGCGGGCGGAGACACAGGGGGAGACGCUGCAGAGGAAUCCGUUAGCCUCCCUGAUGAUCCGUCAAGUGAGGACAACCCCGAGGUGAAUGUCUCCGUCGAAAGGGAGGGAGGCAAUCCUUGCGAGGAUGAGGAGGCGGAGAGGAACUGUCCCAAAGGGGCUGCAGAGAGCGGCAGCAGUCAGAGUGCCCUGAGCGUGAACGAGGGGCAGGAUGAACAAAAAGGGCUCGCGGGCGGUGGUACCCAGGGCAGUGCCGCUCAUCAUGAUGAUAACCAGGACAAAGGUCACGACCACAGCGCGAGUGAUCUGCUGGCAGAAAUCGCGAGGAACGUAGAAAGCGAAGAUAUCGGUAACGGGGACCCACUGAGAAGUGUGAAAGAAGGUCCUCCCGAGGGGGAAGGGCUUGGGGAUGAAAAGAAUCGCGAUGAAGAGGAGCGCAAUCAAGAUAAUGGAGGAGUAGAGAGUGACAACGUAGUGAAUGGUGAUGUUCCGAAGGACCAGAGUUGCACGCGGGAAGGCCCCCACCUUGAGGGCGGCGGAAAGGACAAUCACACGGAUGGGAUUGAGACACAGAGCGGUGAGGAAGAUGACCACCUGCUGCACUACAAGUUGUAUUUCCGAAAAAAUAGAAGUAAAAUAAAAAAUAUUGAGAAAUUUCUGCUGAGCGAUAUGCAGAAUGUGCUCCCUGUGGAGGCCAACAUGACUAUUUUUUGGUUGUUUAUACAAAACCGUUGUAAGAAGAGGAAGAAGAAGAAGAAAAGGAACGGGCAAAGUUCCAGCGUUGGGGAGGAUUACUACUACGCUUGUGGCGCAGAGGGAAGCAAUGAACGGAGGAAGAGCGCCUCUGUCCAUUUUGACUACCAGUGCUACGAGAUGUUGUACAGGGUAGAUAGAAGGGGAAGGAAUUUCCACAGCUACCGGGGGUAUGCGAGAGGAGGGGGGUUAGGCGACAGGCACGGAGAUAGCCAUAGUCAUAGCCACUUGGAUCGCCACCUGAAUAGCCAGUCGGGCAACAUAUUCCUGCUGCCCAAGUUUUACCCCAUAAACAAGGAAUACGCCAUUCUGUCAAAGUACAUUUUAGAAAUCAUAAAAGACAUAAUAAACUACCGAGUGAACUUCUUCGACUACAACAACAUUCUGCACAUAUUUACAACGUCAAAGGAGAUUAACAAGAUCCUUGCAAACAUCUUCUUCUUCCUCUUCAACGAAUUGGACCAUAACUUGGCAUUUAACAAUAUGUAUGCAUCGCUGAUGCUGUUAAUCUUACUGGAUGGCAUUAUAAAGAAUAAAAAUAUAGAUACACACUUUUACUGCCUGCAAAUACUGAAGAUGCUAAUCCAUGUUAUUAUAUAUGAGCAUGAUUUGAAAUUAAAAAAUAUUUACCUCAUUUUGUUAGUAAAAAGGAAGGCAUGUGAUAUAAUGAUAAACUUUUGUUCCGUCCUCAGGAAAAAAAACAACAACGAAAUUAUUAAUAUAGACUAUUAUUUAAUUUAUAUCUUAAGUAAAUUAUUGACUCAUAGGAAAUGUACAUAUAUGCAUAUCUACGUAUCGUACUAUUUGAUUUAUUUGAUGCCUCUAAAUAUUCACUUGAAAUUCUUCCUAGCUUACACUCCUAAUUUUUUGGGAAUAUUUUUUAAGAAGUAUUAUUACCAUCAGAAUGUGUACUGCAACACGAGCUACCGGUUGUUAGUUUCGUCUGAAGAGAUCGAGUUAAAUGAGCUGUUUAACUUUUUUUUCUUUCACAUUUAUACUCUCAUACAGGGGUCCCUGUACCGAAUUUUCAAACAUAUGGACAAUAUCCUUGUGCUGAAUAAUGCCACUACUUGCAGCUACUUAAACUACUUAAUGGACUUUAUCAUUCAGUAUGCCGAUUACCAUUUGCCGCUGCUGUUGUCCAUAAUGACGGUCCUGGGUCGAGGUUCCGCCGCCUUGAUUAGUGGUGCAGCGCGCCGUAAGCGGGGUUCGAAGCGGUUGAGGGGACAUCCCAAACGGAUGCACUCACGACGCCAGGGUGAAACACUGCGGAGUAGGUGUUCAGACCGAGGCAAGAAAUCUGCCAAAAUUAGAAGGAAAAGAAUAAAAAAAAACAGACUUAAAAAGGAGCGCAGGAAAAAAGCGAAGAAAGGACAACGGCUCCUCGACCUUGGCGCUGUUCGAGCUUAUGAGCAGGAACACGAUGUGCAAAAGUUAGCAAAAAGGAAAAAUUACCUAAAACAUGUUAAGAAAAUUUAUGAUUAUUAUGCCAGGCAGAAGCACACUGACAAGGAUGACAACGUGUACGUGGGUCACUACAACAACGAGGACGAUCUGAACGAUCUGGACGAUCGAGGCGAUCUAAUUUCAACAGAAAACAUGAACACCACUUAUGGGAAUAAAAAGGGAUUCCUCACAGCGUAUGUAGAAAAAAGAAUUUUGCUAAACAAGACACUGCUGCAGAAUAUGAUGCACAGAAAUCAGUUGCAUGCAAACAUUGCCGUAAAUAGAAUGCUUUGCAAAAUUUUAAAUAAAUUUGAAAAAAAGAGGAACAGAAAGGUGUCCCGUCGUCGGAGCAGGGACGAUGGUUUGCUUCUCUAUAAUUCGUGUUACUACUUUUUGUAUACCCUUUGA